AUGUUCCAUACGAUACAUAUCCAGAAUACACUUUGCAUAAAUCAGGGCUGUGCAUAUAUGCGCUAUGGUAGUGUGGAGGUUGAUCUGACGCCGCACAUAUAUGGCCUUCAACUAAGCGCCUGGGGCAGUGGAGAUAGACUGUUUCUAAUGGAGGAAGAAAGGGUGUCAAUAAUGAGCGAAAUUACUGAUGAGGACUUAUUUGGAUUUCCAGGCACCUUGUUUUUAAGACAGACCGAACGCGGGUACCACAGGCGGGGUAUCGGGGUCAGUAGGCCCUUUCACGCUGGUAAGUAUGAAGAGGUGGUGUAUGCGUUGGUGUUGAGUAUUAACGUUGUUGUCCAAGGCGAAAUCAUUUGCGAGGUUGUCAGUAAGCUUUCUGUGCUAGAUACAGGUGUCCAACUGUGUUCCAAUUGCGCGGGAAGCAUUUCCCAGAAUGAGCGUGUAACGUGUCAACGCUGUAACGCAUUGUACUGCUCUAGCGCCUGUCAAUGGCAGCACCGCACUCCUCAUUCGCUGGAAUGUAAGCUCUCAACUUUGGCAUUGACACACAAAGAUAUCAAAACAGUUUUGACUUCCGAGGAAAAGCUUGUUUGCCUGAUGGCACUGCUCUACAAGCACGAUCUGAAGUUCGCGCAACAACUCGACAUGCUUACUUCCCACGAGGACGAGAUUGGCAGAGACUCAAAUUCAAUCUCAGAAGUUGUUGCAAACAUGGUCAAAAAUCCUGGUUUACUAAUCAAGUUUGAUAAAUCGGUGCUUGAACGUCUAGCGUGUAUUAUCAUGGUGAAUGCUACCACGAUGCAAGACUCUAGGAAAGGAGCCAUUGGGCUUAUGUUCGACCCGAUGUUCUCUCUGAUUAACCAUUCAUGUGACCCAAACAUUGCAAUAGUCUUCAGUGGAAGAAGUAUGACUCUUUUAGCUCAAAGAGAUAUUCCUUCAGGCGCAGAACUGUCUGUGACCUAUUGCUAUCUCGCAAUGCCCACUGCACUCAGAAGGUACGGUCUGCAAUCAAGAUUCUUCUUCAAAUGCAAUUGUUCUGUGUGCAAGCAAAAAGUUGAUCGGUUUUACUCCUGUAACUGCCCGAAUUGUCAUAUCCAAGUUUACGGGUUCGAUUUCGAGACUGGUGCAUUGAUCACCGUUAAGCCCAAUUCGCACAGAGUAUGCCAGAAUUGCGGGACCGAAUUUAGCACUUCUGCAAAUGUUGUUAAAAAUGUUAUUGACAGGUGUUUGGCAUUUGAAGCUGAGUUAGUUGAAGCGGAAAUGAAACGGGCAGAGAAUGAAAGAGUUACGGGAACAUCAUCAUCAUUAUCACCAUCAAGGACACCACCAUCACCAACUGUCUUUGAUGUCCAACUCGAGGUUGUCACUGGAGCACAUUCAAUUACAACCCACGAGUCGUUUUUGGAAUGCCUCAAGCUCCUCAAUCUUGCAAACAGUACUGGAAUGAUCCCACUCUACCAUUAUCCCCUCAGGGUAAUGUACGACCAGCUCGUCGAGUACCACGAUAACACGAUAGGUUGCAACAAAAUUGACUCCUUACGGUUCUAUUUGGUUUCAUUAUUUGGAUCUGAUUGUGCAGAAGAUGUAAGCCCCUUGAAGCUCGGAGUUUCGCGUCUUUUUAUCACUUUUGGGUGCGUUAUCGAUGCUGUAUCUGAGUUCGUGGAAGAUGACAUUAACAACACUUUGGAUUGCUACAGAGCCUACUUUACAACCGAAUCUCGCAAUAUUCUAAGGCAGGCGGCUUUGGUUUGUUUUAUACAGGCGUAUCUGUACCAAUCUAGAGGCUUCCAGAGAGGUUUUGCGGCAAAGGAGAGGGCAAUGGUGAUCAGCCAGAUAGAGCAUAGGAGGAGAGCUAUGUUGGCGAUGACCGAGACAAAUGCGAGGGAUUGGAUAAACGAGGGUCUCUGUCACUCCAAGAUGAUGAUCUCUUUGAAAAAGCUGUGUAUCCUGGUUGAUGCUGGGGUAGAUCUGUGUGGAAACCUUGCCCAUGCCGAUCGUCGUCACCAACCCAUCUGCCUUAAAUGCGACAGAGACAUGCUGAAAGAACUCGUUUUUCACGCAUGUUCACCCGGAAUGGAGUCUAGAGUCAACUCAGAGUAUACAAGACUGUGCAGGUCACACGCACACCUCACAAAAACCAGAAAUCUGUUCCCGCCUACUCAUCCCCUCAGGGAUGAACACGUCUCAGACAUCGUUUAG